CGGCCGCGAGGGGGGGUCCUGCGGCGUGAGGCAGUAGGCAUGGCGGCGGCGGGCGCGCUGCGGGGUUUGGUGCGGGGCGGCGGCGGCCGCCGUCGUGCCUCGGCCGUGGUGAUAUUGCCGUCGCCGCUGAGGGCGGCCCUGGGGCUCCCGGUUUGCAGGCUGAAAUCAUCAGUCAGCUUUCUUACUCGACCAGAUCGACCAAAUCUUGCUUAUCAUAAACUAAAAGGCAGGAAUCCAGGGGUUAUUUUCCUUCCAGGCUUAAAUUCAAAUAUGAAUGGUCAGAAAGCAACUGCCCUUGAAGAUUUCUGCAGCUCUCUAGGUCAUGCCUUCAUCAGAUUUGAUUAUACAGGAUGUGGAAGUUCAGAUGGUAAAUUUGAGGAGUGUACAAUUGGGAAGUGGAGAAAAGAUGUUCUGUCUAUACUGGAUGAACUUACAGAUGGACCACAGAUUCUGGUGGGCUCCAGCUUGGGUGGAUGGCUGAUGCUUCAUGCUGCAAUAGCACGCCCAGAUAAAGUAGCUGCUCUAGUUGGAGUAGCUGUAGCAGCAGACCAUCUGGUAACAACUUUCAAGAAGCUUCCCAUUGAGGCACAAAAAGAAAUAGAAGAAAAAGGUGAAUGGAAGUUUCCAACAAAGCAUAAUGAGGAAGGAUAUUACUCCUUGACAUAUGACUUUAUCAGAGAAGCAGAAAAUCACUGUGUGCUAAAUAGUCCUAUUCCUAUAACAUGUCCCAUACGGCUUAUUCACGGCAUGAAGGAUGGUGAUGUCCCUUGGCAGAUCUCUAUGCAAGUUGCUGAUCGUGUUUUGAGCAAAGAUGUGGAUGUUAUCCUCCGCAAAAUUGGCCAACAUCGGAUGAGUGAGAAGGAGGAUACAAAACUUCUUGUGAAUACUGUUGAUGAUUUAAUUGACAAGCUGGCAACACUAAUAUAAGCCGCAGAGUAGCAUAAGUGCAUGAACUCUAUACCUGACUCUUUUCCAUGAGUAGCAGAAACCCUGUUCUUAACAAGAUGAUACGAGGCCUGUGACUAUCGCAGUAGGAACUGAGCUUUAUCUGCUGUUUCCUUACCUCUGUUUCAUAAAUACAGGUAUUUUAUUAAUGCUGCAUUUGCACAGACAGUCCAAAAUGUGAAGGAGUGCUGCUGUUGUGUUCAGAACCUCUCCUUCACCACUUGAACCUUCUUUUGCAAACUUCCUACACUUUUGUACUGAAAUGUUGAUUCAUUUUUGUUACUAUUGGCCUGUACGGUAAAACUUUUAAUUUCCCAUGUCUUUGACACCUUUUCAGUAUUGUCCUUUUCCUGUAACAUUCUUGUAUCUUUUGUCUGAAACCAUCUGUGCAAGGCAAAAUAAAACUUGUUUACUGAAGUUAUUGUUAUUAGAAAUAGUGAAUAACAUGAAGCAUAAUAAAGAGAUUUCAGAUAAAUUAUUAUAUUGUUCUUAAGUACUGUUAAGAUUGAAAAGCGGAAGGCACACCCUGAUGGUGUGCUUGGGGUACUACAUAAGGAAGAAGUUAACUUCUAAGAAUGCAGGGCCUCAAAGUGCAGAUAGACCUCUCAUCUAUGCUUAUCAUUAGGGUUUAUGUCCUCUUCUCCAGGCUGUCUUUUUGUAAUAGUUAAUUUGUGGGUCUACUGUUAAGGGAACAAUAUAUAAUCUUGGUGUAAACGGAAACUGGAUCAAUACAGUGACUCUUUUAUAGUAACUUCUUAAAGUGGGGAGUACAGUACCAUAGAGCAUCACUGCCUCUUUUCUAUGACUUGAGAACUGUGGAUUACUAGGAACAGUGCCUUCCAGAGUUUGGAAUUUGAGGUGCAUGAGUGCAAGCCUGAAAACUGUAAAUGAAACUUGAUAAUUCUUGUAAUGUAAAUCCAUAGAAUUUAAUAGUAAAUGGAUUUAAUUGCAAAUGUCCAAAAAUAUGGUGCCAUCAUAUACUUGAGAGAGAGAGAGGAACUUAGGUGAGAGGCUGGAAUUAGUUCAGGCUGGCCUUAAUAUGAAACAUCAGUCAAAAGUAUAUGCUGGUUUCUGGCUUUAUUAUUUUAAGUAGUAAAUGGCAUCACUACUGCUACCUUAAAAGACUGAAGCUCCUGAGGGUAAGGUAUUUCUAGAGAGUUUGUCAUUUUUCAGAGUUAGCAUUGUCAGUAGAAGUAUGUUGUAUGGAGCUUUGCUGAGGUAGUGGUUUUUAACUAAAAAAAAAUGCCCACACAACUAAAAUAAACUAGAACCAACAACAAAACAAAAAAACCCUAAAUUUCAGAUAAGUUCCUGUAGUAUGGUUUUAUUUAGGCUUCAAUACUGCAAAACCCAAGAAGCUGCAAUUCUGCUCUAAGAGUAAAAAAGAUGGCUCUAGUUUAGAUGCAAAUGUUCUAAUUCAAGUGUACAAAUUCCCCAAUUCAAUCUAGCUCAGGAUACUUGUUUGAGAAAUUACAACAUUCCAUGAGAUAAAUAUUGUUUCCAAGGAUUCCUGUUUCUGGAGUAGAUUUUUUUUUCUGUCUGUAUGAAUAUGCAAUUCACUACUUUCUUAAGCUUUAAAACCUCUUCAAUGUGUUUUUUACUUUUGAGAAAAAUUAGUUCAGGUAAUUUAUGCAAAUUGCUCAUCCACUUCCAUUCCUGAAGGUUGAGCCACAUUUAUGUAUUGUUAAACAGUUGUCAUCUUUAUAUGUAUUCAUGCGACUUGCAUCUGAUAAAAUCUGAAAAAUAGAUUUUGCGAGUUUUAAUUGUGAUUUGACUGUGUCUUUAAGUUACUUGAAAACUUUCUGCUCUUAGCUUACCUCUGACAGUUUUUAAUCCACUUUUGUACAUCUCUUAGAUUGCUUAAUUGGAAGAAAAAGUUGAAAAAAAUGGACAGCAAUAAUUCCAGAGUAGUUAGUUUUGAUUAAGGCACAAAGUUACCAGUUGUGAUAGAUCUACUUUUUGUUCACACAUAUUAAAGUUACUUCAGUAACUGAAAAGUUUUGAGCUAUUUUUUUUGAAUUGGGAGUUAUACCUAUAAACACUCAAUUUAACUGUAGUACUUCAGACAGGGAAAGUCUUUAUCUGUCUGCGUAAACUGUAGCUGUGUAUUUCUCUUGAAAGAAUUGCAUUGUAUUCAUUCAAAGCUUCAUCUUAGCCUUUAUUAAAUAAUUGAUAUUUUA